GCACACUUCUGGACAGUGAAAGAGAAGCUCUGUCUCCCUCAGCCUCUCCAUCCACCUGCCACUGUACAGCCUGAGAGAUCAUGGACAUCGUGGUGGAAAACAUCUACCUUCUGGUCAUCGUCACCCUCAUCAGCGCACUUCAGAACGCAUUCUUUGCCCUGAAGGUAGAGAAGGAAUGCAACACUCAAAAUGUCAAAUCAUCUGAUUUCGAACGGGUUUCUUGUGCCAAUCGUAACUGUAUGGAUGCUUAUCCCACUUUCCUGGCAGUGAUGUGGUGUGCCGGUGUGUGUCUCAGUCAAGCUCCUGCUGCCUUUGCUGGGAUCAUCUAUGUUGUUGUCAGGCAGAAGUACUUUGUUGGAUACAUGGGGCAGACCUCUCAAAGCACCCCCGGCUACCUGUUUGGAAAACGCAUCAUCUUCUUCCUGUUCCUGAUGUGCAUCGUGGGCAUCUUCAACUACCUGCUGAUGCACCACUAUGGCAGCAAUUACAAAGAAUACGUAGAAACCAUCACCAGUGCUGCAACUGCUCUUCUCCUCAUCCCUUAGUCCCUCAGUGUGUGUGUUCCACAUCAUGGCAGCAACACGUCUGCAUUUAUCUGUUAACUCAUGGGAUAUGUAUGAAAAUGAAUUAAAACUCAUAGACAUUGUUGUAAAAGAGAAUAAAAAAUAAAAGCUUCUCAUAAACAAAUGCUGACUCCUA